AUGCUCUUUAAAUAGACUCAAUUUCUAUUUUCUACAACUAUUUUUGAUUUAAAAGGUGAGCCAAUAUAAUUUCUAAAACCUAAAUAUGUAAAUAUUUAUAAUGGUAACAUAAUUAGAGUUAAAUGGCUUCAGAAAUAUUUUACAAGAUGGUUAAAAUAGAAGGUAAAUUUGAGAAAAAUAAUAUUGAUAAUUUCCUUUAAUAACAAUAAAAAGAAUAGGAAUUAAGUAAAAUCAAGCGAAAAGAGGUAAAUAAAUGAGUACUAUUUCCUAGUUUUUAAUAAUAGGUACUUUUUUGUACAAUUUUAAUUUUGUUUAGGAAGAUCAAAUGUUGGCAAAUCUAGUUUAUUAAAUGCAUUAUUAGGAAGAAAUGUUGCUGAAACUUCUAAUUAUCCUGGGAAAACAAGAUCUUUAGAUUUUUAUAAUUUAGGUUAAUCAAAAGUGAUUGUUGAUUCACCUGGUUAUGGUUUUGCAAAGGGUAAUAAAAAGGAUGUAUAAAAUUGGGGAUAUUUAAUGCAAUAUUAUAUAAAAAAUACUCCUUUCUUAAAAUAGUCAUAUAUUCUAAUUGAUAGUGAACAUGGGUACUUAAAAUUACAUAAUCAUAAUUAGAUUUAAAGAAGUAGAUUCUAUGACAUUAUAAUUAAUGUAAAGUUUGGAAAAGCCAUUUACAAUAGUAUUUACAAAAUGUGAUAAAAUAUCUAAAAUAGAGGAAUUGGUUUAAAAAAGUAGAGAAAAAUUAGAAAAACAUAUCUAUUCAUCUUAGGUGCUUCAUUUUACAAGUGUGAGGUAUUGUAAGCAUUUUAUAUUAAUAAGAAAUAGAACUGGUCUAAGUGAAUUAUAAUAAAGUAUAGCCUUUUAUUGUGAAUGA